UGUGCUGGUUGAUGUCAGUGGACACACCGCCACCAUCAACUGCAGUUAACGUACAGCUUCCGCACUAAGGCGAAGACAAGUGGUGGACAGCAACAAGAGAGAGGCACCUGGAGCGGACAUUUCCUUUAAACAGAGGCAACUUGAGGACCCUCGCUCAAGACAGCACCGACAAACACACACACACACAGACAGAGCCAUGGUGGAAUACUACCAGAUAUUAGGAGUCCACAAAAAUGCAACGCAAGAAGACAUCAAAAAGGCUUACAGAAAAUUGGCAUUGAAGUGGCAUCCAGACAAGAACCCAGACAACAAGGAGGAAGCAGAGAAAAAGUUCAAAGAGCUGUCAGAGGCAUAUGAAGUGCUCUCAGAUGAAAACAAGAGGAAUAUUUAUGACCGAUAUGGCAAAGAAGGCCUUUCAGGAGGAGGAGGAGGAGGAGGAGGAGGAGGCCAUUAUGAUCACUUCGGUGGCGGCAGCUUCACAUUCCGUAAUCCUGAGGACGUUUUCAGGGAAUUCUUUGGUGGCAGAGAUCCAUUCGCAGAAUUGUUUGCUGAUGACCCUUUUGAUGAUUUCUUCGGAGGUGGUCGCAGUCGCCAGAGGGGCGCAAGCCGGAACAGAAUGGGCGGCCCGCUCUUUGGUUUUGGGAGCUUCCCAGCAUUCGGGCCUGGUUUCUCAGGGUUCGAUUCAGGUUUUAGCUCAUUCGGGGACAUGGGUGUAGGAGGUAUCACCUCUUUCUCUUCUUCAUCUUUUGGCGGCGGUGGAGGAGGAAUGGGUAAUUUCAGAUCUGUGUCGACCUCCACCAAGUUCAUCAACGGCAGAAAAAUAACUACAAAACGGAUUGUGGAGAACGGCCAAGAGCGAGUCGAAGUGGAGGAGGAUGGUCAGUUAAAAUCUCUAACAGUAAAUGACAUCGCAGCCGAAGACCCCUUGGAGGAAGACUUUCGUCGCCGCAGACAGAACACACUUCCUGGCCUCAGCCUGCACCAGCGCUACCUGAGAAACUCCGCCCAAAACCCCUCAGAGGAAGAGGAGGAGCACGGCCUACAGAGCCUGGGACUAACGAGAGGACACAUGGACACAAAAAGGAAGAAACUGUGGCUAAAGGAGGGAGAGUCCAAAAAGAAAAGAGCUCCUCGACUCUUCCCACGAUUUGGUGGGCUCGGUGCCUUUUUUUAAACACUCAGCCAAACACUUGGACACGCACACACACCUACAUAUUUGUUGGCAGAAGCGCCAUCAAUCAUACGUGGCAUUAGUUCAUCUUUGCUAUGUAUCAGAGGCCCAACAUCCCCCACUGUGCUGUGCUCUAUCUCCUCUUGUCUAUCAGCUGCAGUGCAGAGCAUACCUCCUGCAUGCUUCCAUAGCCUGCAGAGACCUCACUUCAGUGUUUUGUGUUGUCUAAGGUAUAUUUUUAGUUGUUAAGCUUUUGCUAUUGCUGUAUUUAUUGUGGGUGGGCCCUAUGGAUGUACAGUGAGCGUUCAGAACCUUAAUUAAUCUCCUAUGAUUGGACUUUUCCACUUUUUACAGCAUGUUUUUAGAGAGUGUUAUUGUGUUUGAAAGGGUUCAAAUGGAAUGAGAAUUACAGUAGCAGUCACAGUGUUGUGAUAAGCAUGAAAAUUACUGGACUAAUACUGUAUAGCAUGUGUGAAUAAGUGAAGGUCAAGCUAUUCAGUGAAUCCUUUUUCAUAGAGACAGAUAGAGACAAUAAAGACAAGGAGAGAGAGGGAUAUCUGGGGAAUUCAAGAAUAAAACAUUGAAGAGAGAGUUUUAUUACACAAGGAGAUGAACAUGUUCUGCUCACUCCUGCGUCAUACAUGAAAACUGAAUAUCAACAAUCUGGCAGUGACAUUGUCCACUCUUUACCACUAGACUCACAGUGUGAAAAAUAGCUUUUAACUCCUCUCAAAGUCAUUAUUUUCUUUUUUGUAAGAUUUCUUUGUACAGAAUAAAUUCAGUAACAUAUUAACCUUCCAUAAGUGUUUCGUAAAAGAUUAUCUGAACAAAGUGACAGUUUCCCUUAUUUGAUUUGUCCUUGACAGGUUGUUCACAUGAUAACUGUAAGUGGAAAUGUGGAAAUGUCUGAGAAAUGUUCAUUUUUUAUGGACUCUUACCAAUAAAUCCUUAAA